AUGGCAAUGAACACGUCGGAAUUGAAAGAAUUCGAUGUUGUACGAGUGGCAAGAAGCGAUGGAUCAGACACCGGGCCCGGAUACUGGCCAGUCACAGCACCAUCCACCACGAUUGCCACUAAGAAGACAAAGGAUGCGUCUGCGGCUGAGAAAGCUCCAAGGACUAAACCUCAGAUGAUUCGAUUAGCCGAAGACGACCCAAGAUUCACAGAGUGGAAAGUCAAACUCGGGAUUCUUCUGAAGCAAGAGCUAUGUCCAAACCCCGAUGAGGGGAAUCCGUGGCUAGUUGACUUCCCGCGAGGUUACUGGCUAUACGAGAAAUCUAAACAUCUUUGGGUUUCGGGGUAUCCUAUCAAGGUGAAGCUUUUUAAGAGCCCGCAGGAAUUUGCAGUGCACCUGAUAUGGUUGCUCUCAACAUCGAUGGACUACCGAGACUGUUGCUGUGCGCACUGCAAUGGUUUCAACUCAAUGAAAGGGGGCAUGGGUGCUGACGACGCGUUGAUCAUCACGCAUGAGCCUAUCAAAGCCGAUAAGAUCCCGCCCAAGGUCACGCCUGUUCCACUCCCUCCAAUGCCUGGACAGGCACCUCAGAAGCCGAACCAAGUUACACCACGAUCGCAGUCAACACAGUCUACCCCAGCUACUACAGCACAAAACUCACCAGCACCGACGCCGGUCCCUGCAACUUCAGCCCCCAUACAACAGCACAUUCAACACCGACCCCCGGUUCAACCACAGGAGCAGGCGCUCCAACCCCAGCCUCAGUCUCAACCCCAAAAUCAGCCACUACUUCAGCAGCAGCCACCUCAAAUUCAACAACCCCAGCCUCAAGCACAGCAGCAGGUUCAACAGCAGGUUCAACAGCAGGUUCAACAGCAAGUUCCACCUCUUGCUCAAGCACAGCCCCCAUCGGUUCAGUGGUCAUUGAAGUCACCUGUGUUGUUCAGGUCAGGAGAGCUGGUCUGGUAUCUGAACGGCAAUGCAUGGCGCCUCGGAGUCAUUGCUUCAUCCACUGCGAGUCAUCAUGAGGUUAUGCCCAUCGGUCAUGGCAUCGUCCAACAAAACAAUGUGAACAAAACAGAGGGAGAAAUGCGACCCUUUUAUGCCUUCACCGUACCACCUGUCAACCUCCCCGAAUUGAAGGACAAGGAAUACGAUGGUGUUUCAUGGGAGGGUCUCUUCCAAAGUACAGCAGACGGGAACCGUCGAGAGAUGAUUGCACUCGACGCUUCUAAGAUGGCAGCUGUGAAGAUUGACUACUCAUACUCCCUAUGGUCCAAAAUGUCCGAAGAGUCGAACUUGAAGAGAGUUGCGUACUGGGGUUGCUUUUUUGGGGCUGAGCGCAUCGAAAUUGGCGACGCGAUGCGGCUCAGAUCAAUCCCGGCUGAGUUGAACGUCCCGGCCGAGACGUGCGUCCUGGGUCUCCGUCGCAUCUUCACCACCUCGGACUUCCCUGGCGCCGUCUUUUUCGUCGGCCAUAUCUACCAGCUCGUAUCUGAAGACCAGCCAAACAUUGUCCGGGAUGAACACCUUCCCGUUGCGUUACGCCAUGAGAGCCAGUGGCGCCAUUCGGUCGGGGCACAGCGCUGGCGCUACGCACUGAUCAAAGAGAACGUCGUGUUCAAGGAACAGUCGAUUAGAGGUCGAUUUUACCCAACGCACCGUCUCAUGCCCAUCCUCAACCCGAACGAAUUCCAAAACUCAAUUAUUCAGCGUAGAGUGGAUGAACAGCAUGCCCAUCUCAACAACCGAAUGGAUGGUGUGGGUAGGUAUCUUGGUCGAAAGAUCAACCGGCUUGACACCCUUGGUGCUUCGGUGACCCAUACAGCUAGGAUCAGUCUUGAGCCGUUCAUCAAGGAAGGAGACCAGCCUCUGGAGUGA